ACAUGCGUGUGGCAGUGAUCGGAGCUGGGGUCAGUGGCCUGUCCACGGCUCAAAGUAUCUAUGAGCAGUACCACUCUACAGUCAGUCCACUGACCAUUGAGGUGUAUGCAGAUCGCUUCACCCCACUGACCACCAGCGAUGGGGCUGCAGGAUUCUGGCAGCCAUACCUCUACGACAAGGGCAAUGUCCAGGAGACGUGAGAGGGCUUUCUGCUUGGCUCUAUGAAUACCAGUGGAGGCUGCUGAGGGUAGAACGGCUCAUACUAAUGGCCGGAAUGGAGCAAAUGGAAUGGGAUCAAACACCUGGAAACCAUGUGUUUGAUAUAUUUGAUACCAUUCCACUGAUUCCGCUCCAGUCAUUACCACGAGCCCGUUUUCCCCAAUUAAGGUGCCACCAACAUCUUGUGAUGACUACAUUUUGUGCAUGCCUGUAGUCAGUGAAUCAAUAGAAUGCCUUAUAAGUGAAUGCUUACACUGUAUCACUCUGUAUGUGUUCUUUUGCAGUAAAUGGUGUAAGGAGACGUUUGACUACCUGCUGAGCUUCCUGAGCUCCCCAGACUCUAUCAAAAUGGGAAUUUUCCUCCAGUCUGGCUAUAACCUUUGCAGUGAGCCUGCACCAGUGAGUAUUAGUGUAUCUACAGCUAAACAGCAUAGAUUCACCCUCAGAUAACAGUACACCAUGUUCACUGGCCCAUACCUCAUCACUCACAUGGAGGCAGGGUCUAGCAGUUGAACAUUUUACUUCUGCUUCUGUAUAAGCCUUUUGCUGAAGUAGAUUAACUUGAGCCCAAAUUCCUGUUCCACCAUCUGUGUCAUUACAGCGUAGCAAUGGUCUAUCGUAGCAGUGGCUUCACUCAGUUUGUAUUUUCUGAAUAGAGUCUGAAUACACUUAGCCCAUCUGAAUAGUCUACUGUUCAGCAUUAAAAAGACAGGUCCAUGAUAUAAUUAGAAGACAUUGCCACACUGUAUGCUCUCUCUGUCACAAGGCUAAAGGAUUAAUGAAGCCUCUGCAUUACAACCGUAAACCAGCACAGGCAUGGAAGGUAAUGAAAAUAAAUGAGUAACUAAUAACUAUAUUCACUCUCUUUUAUUGUAGGAUCCCUCUUUUAAAGAUAGUGUGCUGGGCUUCAGACAGCUUACUGAGCGAGAGCUGGAGCUGUUUCCUGGAUACUGGUACUUUGUUGGGACACAUUUGCUAUGUUGUUGUUGCAUUAGUCACGUUGGCUGUUGUCAUUUGUCCACAGGAGUCAUGCAACCCUAUACAACUGAUGACUUUAGAAUGAGUCUUGUCAUGCAGCAUGUACCCCUAUCAGUUGUCAUUGUUUUUGACACUCACUGUCAUUCUCCCCUUGUUUAUGUUGGGGGGCCUUUUAGCUAUGGGUGGUUCAACACUGCUCUCAUGGUGGAGGGAAAAAGUUACUUGCCUUGGCUGAUGGACUGGUGAGCGAUUUACUUAUCUUAUCAGUGAUAUCCCAAAAAGUGUUGAUAGUUCACACACAGGGCGAUAUGAUUAGGCGUUUCCAUGUCGCAAGGUAACUAACUAUAUUUGACAUCAAUCUAUGACCAGAUUAGUUCAUUACAAAAUAUAACAUUUUAAAGCUGUUGGAUUUUUACAAAUGGUCAAGCAUGAUUUGUUUGAGAAUAACUUUAUAUUGGCACAGCUGUGGGAUAAACUGGGUUUAUCUAGUGGGAAGGGGAAGCAACAGAUAAUGUGUUAUUUAUAUCUUAUGGUGGUUUCAUCAUCUAUCAAGGUCAAUAUUACGUUUUAGCACCCAACCUCACAUCAUAAAAAUAGGGGAAGUUUGGGUUCCCUGUAUUACUUCAUUUUCUAUAUACCUUUAUCUGAUGUUUCUAGGUUACAGAAGAGAGGUGUGAAAUUUUACCAGAGGAAGAUAGAGUCCUUCAAAGUGGUGAGAGUUCUAAAUGAAUAUAAUGAACAGUGCAAGUUUAGAAUGUGCUAAGACUCCCACCACACAAGGAGCAUAAAGACAGAAGGUGCUGUAUUUUCUGAGGCCCUCACUCUGUCCUGGGCCUCUUUUGUACAGAUGACAGUAAUUUGACUAUGCUUAUUUAAUUUCCAUCUAAUCCAUCUAAUCAUCUAAUGUGUUUUCCUUACCCAACGGGAGUGCCUUACACAGUACAGUGCAUUCAUGCUCAGAGUGCAGCUCAACCAUAUUCGUUUUACCCAGUGUUUAAUUUUUAGAAAUAACCUAAAAGUAUUCAUAUCCAAUAUCCAGUCAUUAAUGUCCUACAGACUACCCCAGAGAGAGGGAGAGCUUUGGCUUUCAUAAACCCCUGUUCAUGAAUAUCAGCAGUGUUUAUUUAUUUUUAAUUCAACCUCCCAACUUUUCUUCCUUCCUUCUUGCCUGUUGAGUUCAGCUUGCGGAGAGUGGGGCGGACGUCAUCAUCAACUGCACAGGAGUGAGGUCAGGGGACCUCCAGCCUGACCCAGAGCUCACACCAGGCCGUGGGCAGAUACUGAAGGUAAGAGUGCAAAGGUUGAAAGGUGAGUUUGGCAAUUACAAAGGGGACAUGGCUGAUUAUGUUCCUCUUAAUCUGUCUGUGUUUCAGGUGGAUGCUCCAUGGCUUAAGCAUUGGAUCCUCACCCACAAUUUCACUGCUGGAACCUACAAUUCACCAUACAUUAUACCAGGGUAAAGUGGAUAAAAUAUCAAUAAUUCCACCUACUGCAGGUGUCAAUAAAGCAGUUAUUACACAUUUUUCAAGCUGUUGCAUAUAAUUACAGCAUCAAAGUAUACGUUUGCCGAAGUAUUCCUCCCAUGUACUCUGUGUGUUUUUUAUUUUGGAAUACAGUGAAUUGAAGCCUAAGACCUUAUGCCCGGUCUCUGUAGGAGUCGUUCAGUGGUUGUUGGUGGGUGUUUCCAGCUGGGGAACUGGAGUGAGCAGAACAACUCUGAGGACCACAAGAAGAUCUGGGAGGGGGCCUGCCAGCUGGAACCCAGCCUCAAGGUCAGAAGUCACAGACCAUUGAAAAGGUCCCUGAUCUGACAGACAUCGAAUAGAGGGGUCAUCACAGCACCUACAGUUGAAGUCUGAAGUUUACAUACACCUUAGCCAAAUACAUUUAAACUCAGUUUUUCACAAUUCCUGACAUUUAAUCCUAGUAAAAAUUCCCUGUCUUAGGUCAGUUAGGAUCACCACUUUAUUUUAAGAAUGUGAAAUGUCAGAAUAAUAGUAGAGAGAAUUAUUUAUUUCAGCUUUUAUUUAUUUCAUCACAUUCCCAGUGGGUCAGAAGUUUACAUACACUCAAUUAGUAUUUGGUAGCAUUGCCUUUAAAUUGUUAAACUUCGGAUAAAUGUUUCGGGUAGCCUUCCACAAGCUUCCCACAAUAAGUUGGGUGAAUUUUGGUCCAUUCCUCCUGACAGAGCUGGUGUAACUGAGUCAGGUUUGUAGACCUCCUUGCUCGCACACGCUUUUUCAGUUCUGCCCACAAGUGUUCAAUAGGAUUGAGGUCAGGGCUUUGUGAUGGCCACUCCAAUACCUUGACUUUGUUGUCCUUAAGCCAUUUUCCACAACUUUGGAAGUAUGCUUGGGGUCAUUGUCCAUUUUGGAAGACCCAUUUGCGACCAAGCUUUAACUUCCUGACUGAUGUCUUGAGAUGUUACUUCAAUAUAUCCACAUAAUUUUCCUUCCUCAUGAUGCCAUCUAUUUUGUGAAGUGCACCAGUCCCUCCUGCAGCAAAGCACCCCCACAGCAUGAUGCUGCCACCCCCGUGCUUACAUUUUACAUUUUAGUCAUUUAGCAGACGCUCUUAUCCAGAGCGACUUACGCUUCACGGUUGGGAUGGUGUUCUUCGGCUUGCAAGGUACCCCCUUUUUCCUCCAAACAUAAUGAUGGUCAUUAUGGGCAAACAGUUCUAUUUUUGUUUCAUCAGACCAGAGGACAUUUCUCCAAAAGGUACGAUCUUUGUCCCCAUGUGCAGUUGCAAACCGUAGUCUGGCUUUUUUAUGGCGGUUUUGGAGCAGUGGCUUCUUCCUUGCUGAGCGGCCUUUCAGGUUAUGUCGAUAUAGGACUCGUUUUACUGUGGAUAUAGAUACUUUUGUACCUGUUUCCUCCAGCAUCUUCACAAGGUCCUUUGCUGUUGUUCUGGGAUUGGUUUGCACUUUUCGCACCAAAGUACGUUCAUCUCUAGGAGACAGAACGCGUCUGCUUCCUGAGCGGUAUGACGGCUGCGUGGUCCCAUGGUGUUUAUACUUGCGUACUCUUGUUUGUACAGAUGAACGUGGUACCUUCAGGCAUUUGGAAAUUGCUCCCAAGGAUGAACAAGACUUAUGGGAAAAUCAAAAGAAAUCAGCCAAGACCUCAGAAAAAAUAUUGUAGACCUCCACGAUGUCAAGCAAAGAUGCACUGAGUUUGAAGGUAGGCCUUGAAAUACAUCCACAGGUACACCUCCAAUUGACUGGAAUUUUCCAGGCUGUUUAAAGGCACAGUCAACUUACCCACUGGAAUUGUGAUGCAGUGAAUUAUAAGUGAAAUAAUCUGUCUGUAAACAAUUGUUGGAAAAAUUACUUGUGUCAUGCACAAAGUAGAUGUCCUAACCGACUUGCCAAAACUAUAGUUUGUUAACAAGAAAUUUGUGGAGUGGUUGAAAAACCUAAGUGUAUGUAAACUUCUGACUUCAACUGUAUGUUGAAAUGGCUCAGCCAUCAAACAAAAUCAAUGCUUCUCAUCCAGUACACAGAAUACAGGUACAGAUACAGAAUAACUACAUUAGCUAGCUCCUCCCUGUCUGUUUAUUCAUAUGGCUCACCCCCCUCUGUCUCCUCAGCAUGCCCGGAUAGUGGAGGACUGGUCAGGGCUCAGGCCUGUUCGCAGUAAAGUUCGACUGGAGAGGGAGACCAUGCAGUCUGGACCAACCACGUUUGAGGUGAGCCACCAAGAAUAGACUGGUUACUACUUCUUCAGUAACCAAGAUGUAUUGUCUGGCUAUUACAUGCUGAACACACCGCUCGCGUCGCGUGCGCGAGCAUUGCAAAAUAAAUGUACACAUACAUGUUAUUCAAUCAUUGCACCCACACUGCUGGCGCGCGUCAACGAGCGUCUGCGUAGCCAGGCGCUAAAAUAGAACUUGGUUGAAUUUGUGACGCUUGACGCAUUGCAAGUCCCACCUCUCCCAUCUCCUCGUUGGUUUUUAGGAGCAUAUACCCAUGUGGGGGAUUGAAAGAUGAACUGAGGUAUACACUCCAGUCCAGUUGGUGGUGGUAAUGCACCUUAAAGUUGGUUGCCAACCGCCAUAUAAAGUCCAAAGAAGAAGAAGCCUGAAGGAGGAGAGAUUACUAGAAACUGACUCUGUUUACCCUUAUCUGUGGAUUAAUUGUCGGAGUAGAGGACCUUAUGCAUUUCAGGUAAAAUAACAACCCAAUGUUUAUAUCCCAGGAUAAAUGUUUAAUGCUUUUCGAGCUGUCCCCAAAUUAAUAUAGUUGGUUCAGAGUUCAUUUAGAUUUUUCAACCUGCGUGUCCUGAUCGCGUCUGGUGUGGGUGGACAAAAUCAACAUACGCGUGAUGGCGCACACGCGGUCUGGUCAGCAUGUUAGUGUUAGUCACCAUUUAGGCUCCAGAUUAGAAGUACAGUGAGGGGGAAAAAAGUAUUUGAUCCCCUGCUGAUUUUGUACGUUUGCCCACUGACAAAGACAUGAUCAGUCUAUAAUUUUAAUGGUAGGUUUAUUUGAACAGUGAGAGACAGAAUAACAACAAAAAAAUCCAGAAAAACGCAUGUCAAAAAUUUUAUAAAUUGAUUUGCAUUUUAAUGAGGGAAAUAAGUAUUUGACCCCUCUGCAAAACAUGACUUAGUACUUGGUGGCAAAACCCUUGUUGGCAAUCACAGAGGUCAGACGUUUCUUGUAGUUGGCCACCAGGUUUGCACACAUCUCAGGAGGGAUUUUGUCCCACUCCUCUAUGCAGAUCUUCUCCAAGUCAUUAAGGUUUCAAGGCUGACGUUUGGCAACUCGAACCUUCAGCUCCCUCCACAGAUUUUCUAUGGGAUUAAGGUCUGGAGACUGGCUAGGCCACUCCAGGACCUUAAUGUGCUUCUUCUUGAGCCACUCCUUUGUUGCCUUGGCUGUGUGUUUUGGUUCAUUGUCAUGCUGGAAUACCCAUCCACUACCCAUGUUCAAUGCCCUGGCUGAGGGAAGGAGGUUCUCACCCAAGAUUUGACGGUACAUGGUCCCAGCUGCCUUGAGAUCAUUGACAAGAUCCUCCCAUGUAGUUCUGGGCUGAUUCCUCACCAUUCUCAUGAUCAUUGCAACUCCACGAGGUGAGAUCUUGCAUGGAGCCCCAGGCCGAGGGAGAUUGACAGUUCUUUUGUGUUUCUUCCUUUUGCGAAUAAUCGCACCAACUGUUGUCACCUUCUCACCAAGCUGCUUGGCGAUGGUCUUGUAGCCCAUUCCAGCCAAGUGUACAAUCUUGUCAAUGUUGUCCCUGACAUCCUUGGAGAGCUCUUUGAUCUUGGCCAUGGUGGAGAGUUUGGAAUCUGAUUGAUUGAUUGCUUCUGUGGACAAAUACUUUUUUACAGGUAACAAGGUGAGAUUAGGAGCACUCCCUUUAAGAGUGUGCUCCUAAUCUCAGCUCGUUACCUGUAUAAAAGACACCUGGGAGCCAGAAAUCUUUCUGAUUGAGAGGGGGUCAAAUACUUAUUUCCCUCAUUAAAAUGCAAAUCAAUUUAUAACAUUUUUGACAUGUGUUUUUCUGGAUUUUUUUGUUGUUAUUCUGUCUCUCACUGUUCAAAUAAACCUACCAUUAAAAUUAUAGACUGAUCAUUUCUUUGUCAGUGGGCAAACGUACAAAAUCAGCAGGGGAUCAAAUACUUUUUUCCCUCACUGUACAUAGACAUAAUACUGAUAUUAAUGUGCUGUUUUCAGUUGAUCCACAACUAUGGCCAUGGAGGAUUCGGAUUGACCAUCCACCGAGGCUGUGCCCAGGAGGCAGCUCGGCUCUUCGGGGAGAUAUUGGAGCUGAAGGGCUGGGGGCCCAGGUCUCAUUUG